AUGGGGGAAGAGACACACAAAGAUAUGGAAGGCAUCUGCAGUUCCUUCUUACUGUUCUACCUGCGGAUACUAGUCUACCUGCAGAUACCGGUCUACCUGCAGAUACCGGUCUACCUGCAGAUACCGGUCUACCUGCAGAUACCGGUCUACCUGCUGCAGAUACCGGCCUACCUGCAGAUACCGGUCUACCUGCAGAUACCGGUCUACCUGCAGAUACCGGUCUACCUGCAGAUACCAGGCUACCUGCAGAUGCUAGUUUACCUGCAGAUAUUAAUCUACCUGCAGAUACCGGUCUACCUGCAGAUACCGGUCUACCUGCAGAUACCAGGCUACCUGCAGAUACCGGUUUACCUGCAGAUACCGGUUUACCUGCAGAUCCCGGUCUACCUGCAGAUCCCGGUCUACCUGCAGAUCCCGGUCUACCUGCAGAUCCAGGUCUAUCUCAAAGAUCUUCUUCGCUAUAAGAUCUUUGGUCUAUCUGGCCCUGUGAUUGUCUGGGGCGAGAGAGCGAGAGGAGACAGCCAGGCGGCGGCGGCUGCUGGCGAUGAUGGCGCGGGAGCGGGAGCGGGAGCGGCGGGGACACCGGGCAGUGGCGGCUGCUGCGUCUUCUCGCCCCCGGCCCCAGCGCGGUGCCUGGCAACGGUGGCCGGCGACGGGCGCGUCCGCCUGUGGGACACGCAGGCUGGGGGAGCGGGCCGCCUGCGACACGAGUACGUGCCCUCGUCCCACCUCAGCGCCACCUGCAGCUGCCUGGCCUGGGCCCCGGCCCAGCGGCAACGGCCACGGGAGGUUCCUCAGAAAAAAAAGAGGAGAUCGGAGAAAGUGGAUGUUGAUGAGGAAUUGGAUCUAUUGGCUAUUGGCACAGCAGUUGGCAGCAUCUUGUUAUACAGUAUAGUAAAAGGAGAAUUACAGAGGAAGCUGAGUGAUGGACAUAACGGUAGAGUAAACUGUGUACGGUGGCAUCAAGAAAAUGAUUGUCUCUACAGCUGCUCAGAUGACAAGCAUAUAGUGGAAUGGAGCGUGCCAACGGGGAAGGUGAAAUGCAAAUGGAAAGCAGAGAAAGGCAGCAUCAGUUACCUAUGCCUGAGCCCCGAUGGAAAGAUGUUGCUAUCAGCGGGCUGUGGUAUCACGCUAUGGAACCUGGAGACCAAAGAAGUAUACAGGAAGUUUACAGGUCAUGCAACAGCAGUAUCGUCACUUACAUUUGUAACAAUACGACCACCUAACGACAGCCAGCCAUCUGAAGGAAUAACUGGCCUGUAUUUCCUCUCAGGAGCUGUGCAUGAUCGACUUCUUAAUGUUUGGCAAGUGCGAUCCGAUAAGAAGGAUAAGAAUGCAGUGCUGUCCUUCAUACUGGCAGAUGAGCCUGUGUAUGUGGACUUGGCCACUUCAGGUGAUAGAGAAGAUCCGGUGAUGUUGGCGGUUGUUUGCCGGGAUGGACAAAUGCACUUGUUCGAACACAUCUUAAAUGGGUACUGCAAAAAGCCUCUCAUGCCGACCUGCACUUUGCAGAUAGCAACAUCGGGGAAAGGAAAUGACGUGAGACCUGUUCCUAUCCUGGCCGCCACCUUCUGUUCAGACAGUCGAUCAGUGUUGAUAGCUUACAACACUCUGCUGCAUCCAAUCAUUGAAAGAGUGACGUUGAAUACGAGUGAAGCCCAUAUUUGCCUGGUGAGAGAUACACAGAUGACCGUGUCGAUCUCGACAGAGACUGCUGUAACAAAAGUGAAAACUCCAAUUGUAACAGCUGAAGUUAAAGUAUUGGUGCCUGGUAUUCCAGGCCACGUUGCAAGCAUGAAGCCCAGGCUGAUGGAAUCGAGAAAGACUGAAGCUAAAAGGAAAGGAACGGAAGUGGAGAGUAGCAUUGAGGAGCGCCUGUCUGCCAUGGAUAUUGAUGCAUUGAAAGUGAAGCACAAAGGAGGCUUACCACAGGCUGACAGCUUUGCUGUGUUGCUUGUACAAGGACUAGAGAGUAACGACUCCUCUAUUCUAAAUAAAGUGCUCCAGAUUAAGAAGGAUGCCUUGAUAAAGACCACCAUUGCCAGGUUACCUGUUACAGCAGUAGUCCCGCUGCUUCAUGAGAUCACAAGACGAUUGCAAGGUCAUCCUUACGGUGCUUUGUUAAUGGUCCGGUGGCUAAAGACUGUCUUCACCCAACAUGCCUCCUUUUUAUCUACACUGCCUGACCUUGUGCCACAACUCGGCGUGUUGUACCAGCUGAUGGAGAGCAGAGUGAAGACCCUGCAGAAGCUGUCUCGCUUGCACGGCAAGCUUUAUCUCCUCAGUGCACAGGUUGCAGCAUCACAGCGUGUGCAGGAUGCAAGCACCGUCAACCAAACAGCAAAACUAGUUUAUGCAGAAGAAUCAUCGGAAGGUGAAAACUCCGAAGAUGAGUUGAUGGAGGAUCACGAAUCCGAUGAAAACUGGGAAGAAGAGAAAGAAGAGCGUGCGGAUGACCCAAAAAUGAACAUUGAUAAAGAAGUCAGUGACGACUCCGGAGAGGACUUGCACACAGAGAACGAGAGCGAAGAGGAAUAAAA